GGUAUUGUCCGGCCAAGUGUAUACCAUGCGGUGGUGGUCAUUUUUCUAGAAUUCUUUGCCUGGGGGCUUUUGACAACUCCAAUGCUAACGGUCUUACAUGAAACAUUUUCCCAUCAUACAUUUUUAAUGAACGGUCUUAUUCAAGGUGUUAAGGGUUUUUUGUCCUUUUUCAGUGCUCCACUAAUAGGUGCUCUAUCAGAUGCAUGGGGAAGAAAAUCUUUUCUUCUUCUUACAGUUUUCUUCACCUGUGUUCCAAUUCCAUUGAUGAGAAUAAGUCCAUGGUGGUACUUCGCUAUGAUUUCGGUAUCUGGAAUCUUUUCUGUUACCUUUUCUGUAAUAUUUGCCUAUGUAGCUGAUGUAACACAAGAACAUGAAAGAAUUACAGCCUAUGGACUGGUAUCUGCCACCUUUGCAGCAAGUUUGGUAACUAGUCCUGCCAUUGGAGCAUACCUGUCUGCCAGCUAUGGAGAUAACCUUGUCAUAAUAGUGGCCACAUUGGUGGCUGUUGUGGACAUCUGCUUCAUCCUGCUAGCUGUACCAGAAUCUCUGCCAGAAAAAAUGAGACCUACUUCAUGGGGAGCUUCCAUAUCAUGGGAACAUGCAGACCCUUUUGCAUCCCUGAAGAAGGUUAGAAAAGAUUCUACAGUUCUCCCCAUCUGCAUUACAGUGUUUCUUUCAUAUCUGCCUGAGGCUGGCCAGUAUUCAAGCUUUUUUCUGUACUUGCGACAGAUUAUAGGUUUUGGAUCUGCUAGCAUUGCGGCAUUUAUAGCUGUGGUGGGCAUUCUGUCCAUAAUAGCUCAGACUGUGUUUCUCAGUAUUUUGAUGAGGUCCAUAGGGAAUAAAAAUACAGUUCUUCUUGGCCUUGGCUUUCAAAUCCUUCAGUUGGCUUGGUAUGGUUUUGGAUCUCAGUCUUGGAUGAUGUGGGCAGCAGGAGCUGUAGCAGCAACGUCAAGCAUUACGUUCCCAGCAAUCAGUGCUCUGGUUUCACGAAAUGCAGAGUCAGAUCAACAAGGUGUUGUCCAAGGAAUAAUAACUGGAAUAAGAGGUCUGUGCAAUGGCCUGGGACCAGCACUGUAUGGCUUUAUUUUUUUUCUCUUUCACGUGGAGCUCAAUGAAUUGCCACCUGAUCAGGCUUCUGGAAAAACAGCAAUGCGAGAUCCCAGUGAUGAAAGAGCAAUCAUUCCUGGUCCGCCCUUCCUGGUUGGAGCAUGCAUUGUUCUUCUGGCUUUUCUAGUGGCCUUAUUUAUUCCUGAGCACAGCAAAGCCAGCAGUACUAGAAGACACAGCAACAGCAUCAGCAGUACCCUGAGUAAUAACCUAGACCAAAGUAGCGAAGAGGACAUUGAACCAUUGCUGCAAGAUAGCAGUGUAUGA